CAAACUAAAGUCAGUUGAGUUGCGUCAAUGAACCUGCUAACUGCGCAAAUUUAUGGUUAUUAAGAAGUUGCAAAUACGCAGAAUAUUCCGCAAAAUUAAAGUUAUACCAAAAUUAUGGAGAGAGGAAUGAAAAAAGGAUUUUUAUUAUCACCCGGGACGGGGAAGGAGGAGAAGAAGGAGGAAGAAAUUAAAAAAUUAAACAAAGCAGAACCAACUCCUGAAACAAACAAAGCAGCUCCAGAGAAUAAUGAAACUUUAAACAAAGACAAAGUGAAAGUUUCUGAUGGGGCAGGUGCAAGCCAAAGUACCCCGCCUCCAGCUCCUGGCUCAAGUACCCCGCCCUCGAAAAAUAAAAAGAGGCGGAGAACUAUAUCCCGUAACCCCUCCCUGUCCCCCUCCCCUGGGCGUGGUUUUAUAGUCCCUGGUUUCACGAACACGAACGGGGCGAACACGCAGAUGUCGACGGCGGAGUUGAUGGAUGCCAGCAAGGGGAUCACGAACAUGGCGUUAGCUCACGAGAUCGCCGUGAACAAGGAUUUUCAACUCGAGAAAAUACGUCCAGAGGGAAGCAGUGUAGAGGAAUCAAUUAGAGAGAUUAUGCAUCGUGCAUUCUGGGAUGUUUUAAAAGAAGAACUAGAGGCAAAGCCACCGAAAUUCAAUCAGGCAAUGGUACUGCUGGAGGAGAUCAAGGAGCUGCUUAUCUCCUUGCUGCUCCCCCAGCACGGGAAGCUCCGUGAGAAGAUCGACGAGGUCCUAGAUACGGCUCUCAUUCAGCAGCAGAUAGAUGCUGGAACUCUCGAGUUCGAGAAAUAUGCAGGAUAUAUUCUAGGAAUGAUGUCGAUGCUGUGCGCUCCUGUCCGUGACGAUAAGAUUGCUCAGCUCAAGACAGAAUCACAAGUGGUCGCCAUCUUUAAAGGAAUUAUUGAAACGUUAGAAUUAAUGAAGAUAGACAUGGCUAACUUUACAAUACAGCAGGCCCGACCUAUGAUAGUAUCUAAGAGUGUUGAAUAUGAGAAGUUAAAGUUUAAAGAGUUCCUGGAAACUGUGGAGGACGGACUCAGUGCCACCAGGCAGUGGUUGGUGCGACAUGCUCCAUCCCAGGAAGAGAGUGAGGAUCCUAAAUACCAGAAACUGUUGGGAACAAGAGUUCUUACUGAUGCAUUCCUGGAAAUAUUGGAGUGGGAUGAUUACUAUACUCUACCAGAGACCCUGACCAUGGACGCCAGGAGGAUUGUUGAUCUCAGGGAUCAGGUUGAGAGGACUAGUGUGAGUACCGCCUGCAUCCUUGUCUCCUUCAGCUCCCUCAACCCCUACAUAGUCCCACAGGACAGCCAGAAACUUAAGGAGAAGGUUAAGCAGCACAUCGAUAUACUCUUACAGGAUUUCUACGAGGAUGCGGAUCUAUUAAAAAUUCUUCCAGGUGUUGGUCUUCAGAUAGUGUCGGAUGUUAACAGCAACCUGGAGGAGAAGGGCAAACCACUACUACCCCAACCCUUAGCUACCAGUCUUUGUGAACAGAUUGAAGGAUUAGAGGAUCCUAACCAGCGGAUCCGGGAUCUGGUUCAGAAAAGAAUUAUUGAAUUCAAUAAACAAAUCAUCUCAGGAAACAUGAAGUCAGGCAUGCAGAUUCCCCCCGGCCUCUCCUUGUGUCAGAGGGAGCUGGGUCAAAUUGCCGGUCAGUUUCUUAGGCUGGUCAACUACAAUAAACAGGUGUUUGGAGAAUACUAUUCUGAGAUUAUACAGAACCAUUGUUUAUUCAAAGUUUAACCUAAACAGCGCGAAUACCAACUCAUAUAACAUCACGUUCACCAUUUUUUCAACAUCAUUUUCUACAGGGUGUCCAAGAAAAAGAAUGAAAAGGAUUUUAUAAUGUUAAGAAAAAACUCCUCCAGAAUUGAAACUUGGAGAAUUUUAAUUGCACCAGAAGGCUUAAAAAUCUUAUCAUGUUUUUGAGGUCACACUGUAGGAAUUAAAUGUGAUCCAUAUUUGAAUUGUAAA